AUGCUCCUGUCGUUAAGCCACUUCGCCCUCACGUUCACCUCGGACGCACGUGUGUCCAUGCUGCGAAGAUCUUCCCUAUUGUCCUACUCAGGCGAUUCCAGGCUGUGCGUGACUCAAGGACGAGGCCCAACCAAGCCGGAUUUCGUGCUGGAGUGGAUGCGCAGACCAGAUAUUCACACUGAGGCGCAUUCUCGAAUUUCGACGGCCGUCUGCUUCGUUGACUUUGCCGCCGCGUUCGAUCCCGUCCAUCGUGAGUCCCUGUGGCGGAUAAUGGCGCUAGAUGGUGUACCGGCAAAAAUCAUCGCCAUGAUCAAGGCCUACUAUCGCUCCACUACUGCGAGAGUCCUGGCCCGUAGCAAUCUUUCCCAACCGUUCGGUAUUCGGUCUGGCGUCCGACAGGGUUGUAUCCUGUCACCCAUACUGUUCAAUUACGCUAUUGGCUGGAUCCUCGGGAGGGCCCUACGCGACAGUGAUGUCGUUGAAUUUGCACCCGGACAUCGGCUGACUGAUCUCGACUAUGCCGAUGAUAUCGCCUUACUUGCGUCAAGUUCUUGUGAUCUGCAGUCUAUGGUGUCACGGGUGAACGAGGUCGCUAAAUCGGUCGGUUUGUCCAUAAACGCUGGGAAGACCAAAGUGUUCUCAAGCUGCAUCCCUGACCAGGAGAAGGCAUCCCUGGGGAUUGAUGACUGUCAACUUGAAGAAAAGGACGGUUUUAAAUACCUCGGGGCGCGGCUGCUGCCUAAUGGACAGAGUAAGGACGACAUUGUCUCCCUAGUUCAUGCUGCCCGCUGGGUUUUCUCAAGCCUUCGAAAGUGCCUAUGGAUCAGACGCGACCUCUCCGUCGUCUCUAAGAUUCGCGUGUACCGUGCAUCUGUCCUGUCUGUACUUCUCCACGGUUGUGAAUGCUGGGCUUUGGGCGUGGAGGACGGGCGAAAACUGGAGGUAUUUGACCACCACCGACUUCGUCUCAAAUGA